GAGAGAGAGAGAGCGAGAGGGCAUAUUCGCAUCCGCUUGACACAUCCGUGUUGACAAAACGAGUCACGUGACCCGCACGAAGAUGGCGCAUCUUACGCUACAUUGCAGCCUCUUCUCGAUUCCUCUUGCGCCAACUCGGACCUAGACGCCAAUUCGCGUCUCAUUCUCAUCCAAACCAUUGCGCGGAUCAUCGGCAGACUCCACAAGGUUUUGAUUUUGCCUUUCUUUCUAAAGCGGACACCGGAUGAUGAGAUUUUUUAUUAUGAUUAUUAUUAUUUUUUUAAAUCUACCUGCGCUUGACUGGAAAUGCUGCUGUAAUAACACCUUUGUGGAGACCGCGAGGCGCGUGCGCGGCUGCGCGUACACGAGCUGGUCACGGAUACCGCAUUAGACUGGAGACACACGCCGGGAAAUAAUCAUCAUAAUAAUAAUAAAUACAAAAAAAAACCAUCAUCAACAACAACACCAACAACAACAGUGAUCUUUGACGCUCCUUCCUCCCCCGCACCAUCACUGCGCACACAGACGUCAGGACAUGUAGUACGAACAAUACUCCUCCUCGUCCUCUUCAUCACAUUAUUAUUAUUUUUUAUUUUUUUGGAAGCCGACAUCAUCUCCAGUCAUCGACACAAUGUGGCACAAAUAACCAAACAUGUGGAUCCCCACCGAAGAGGAGAAGAUCGGAGUUGUUAUCUGCAACUUUCGCUCACCAAUAUGUCAAGCCCUGGUCCUGGAGAUCGGGGAGACUGUCCAGAUUCUGGAAAAGAGUGAAGGUUGGUACAGAGGCUUUUCAACUAAGAAGCCUUCAAUCAAGGGUAUUUUCCCAGUCAGCUAUGUCCACUUGAAGAAAUCCACAGUGACCAACAGAGGGCUGUGUGAGACGGUGGUCCCCCUGGAGGACCCCAUUAUCACAGAGACCACCUCAACACUGCAGGAGUGGGGUGUCUUGUGGAAGCAGCUCUACGUGAAACAUAAGGUGGAUCUGUUCCAUAAGCUGCGUCAUGUGAUGAAUGAGCUCAUCGAUCUGCGUCGGCAGCUCAUCCAGGGUCACCUCGCCCAGGACCAGACCCGCGAGAUCAAGCGGCACAUCACCGUGCGCCUUGAUUGGGGCAAUGAGCACCUUGGCAUAGACCUUGUGCCCAGAAAAGAGUUUGAAAUGGUGGACCCAGACCAGAUCAGCAUAUCGGAGCUUUACAAACUGCAUGUAUCCAGCAGACACUGUGGUCAGCAAAGCACAAACCAGGCUGACAACGUGAGACCACGCCACGGUGACAGUUGCCGUGUCCCGGUGUCACACCACCUCUUCAUCAAUCUGAAGAGCUUCACUUACAACAGCAUCAGCGAGGACGCCGACGUCUUCUUCUCUCUCUACGACACUCGAGAGGCUAAACAGAUCAGUGAAAAGUUCAUGGUGAAACUCAACAAAAAUGGAGGACCAAAGAAUCCGGAGAAGGUUGAUCGUCUUUGUGCUCUCUUCACAGAGCUAAGCAGUAAAGACUUGAAGAGAGACCUGUACAUUGUUGCACAUGUCAUGAGAACUGGGCGCAUGCUGCUGAACGACUCAAAGAAAGGGCCACCUCACGUGAUGUACCGACGACCGUAUGGCUGCGCUGUUCUUGCUAUGAGCGAUGUUUUCCACACCAUCACUGACCUCAAAGAGGAGAAGGACUUUGUGCUAAAAGUUUACACAUGUAACAACGAGAAUGAGUGGUACCAGGUUCACGAAAACAUCAUCCGCAAGUCCAACACCAAAUACUCCGCUCCCAGCACCAAUUAUGGCCUCAUCAUUUCCCUGCAGCUGCUGAGGGGCGAGCUGGAGCAGAUCAGACGGGAGAACCAGGCUGUGUUCAACCGAGCCCUGGCACUCACGCGCAAACUGGGUUUUCCAGAUGUCAUCAUGCCAGGUGACAUUCGCAAUGACUUGUACUUGACCCUGGAACGAGGCGAAUUCGAGCGGGGUGGCAAGAGCGUCCAGAAGAACAUCGAAGUGACGCUCUAUGUCCUCUACGCCGACGGGGACACUCUUAAAGACUGCAUCAGUUUGGGCAGCGGGGAGCCAAACAUGACCGAAUAUCGCUCCUUCGUCCUCUAUCACAACAACAGCCCACGCUGGAGCGAGAUGGUCAAACUUCCCAUUCCCAUAGAUCGCUUCCGAGGCUCCCACCUACGCUUUGAGUUCAGACACUGCUCCACUAAAGACAAAGGAGAGAAAAAACUUUUCGGCUUUGCUUUCACUCCUCUAAUGAGAGAAGAUGGGACCACGCUGUCGGACGAGAGCCAUGAGCUGUAUGUCUACAAGUGUGAUGAGAAUGCCACCUUCAGUAACCAGGGCCUGUACCUCAGCCUGCCCUGCUGCAAGGAGGACUUCAACAGUUGUCCCAACCUUCCAGCUAAUCUGCCUUUCCAGAGGAGCCCUAAAGAGACCUUCUGGGUUUCCACCAUACUCUGCUCCACCAAACUCACACAGAAUGUGGACCUAUUGGCUCUUUUGAACUGGAAGACGCACCCAGACAGAGUUCUGGACAUCCUUGGUCGACUGCGUCAGAUCAGUGGAGAAGAGAUUGUCAAGUUCCUUCGAGAUGUCCUGGACACACUCUUCUGUCUUUUAGAUGACAACACUGAUAAAUAUGGACCACUUGUUUUCCAGUCUCUGGUAUUUAUCAUCAACUUGCUCAGGGACAGCCGUUUCUACCACUUCCGCCCUGUAAUGGACUCUUACAUCCAAAACCACUUUGCUGGAGCUUUGGCAUACAAGGAGCUUAUUCGAUGCCUGAAGUGGUACAUGGACCGCUCGGCUGAGGUCGUCCGACAAGACCACAUCCAGGAAGCCAUGAGGGCACUGGAGUACCUGUUCAAGUUCAUCGUCCAGUCCCGUAUUCUGUAUGCACGGGCGACCUGCGGGAUGGAGGAGGAGCAGUUCCGAGCCAGCAUCCAGGAGCUCUUUCAGUCCAUCCGCUUUGUGCUGAGUCUGGACAGCCGCAGCUCAGAGAACCUGGUGUUCACUCAGGCAGCACUGUUGAACAGCUUCCCUGAUAUCUUUGAUGAGCUGCUGCAGAUGUUUACGGUUCAGGAGGUGGCUGAAUAUGUUCGUGGCACCCUCGGAAGUAUGCCCAGCACCGUUGACAUCGGCCAGUCGAUGGACGUUGUCAAACUGCAGUCGAUUGCGCGUACCGUAGAAAGCCGCCUCUUCUUCUUCCCUGAGUCGCGAAGCAUUUUGCUUCCAGUUGUUUUGCAUCACAUUCACUUGCACUUGCGCCAGCAGAGGGAGCUACUCAUCUGUUCCGGCAUCCUUAGCAGCAUCUUUUCCAUCAUCAAAAGCAGUUCAAUGGAAUCUUCUGUUCAGGAGGAAGUGGAGAUGAUGGUUGAGAGCCUCUUGGACGUGUUGCUCCAGACUCUCCUGUCAAUCAUGAGCAAGUCUCACUCUGUUGAGACAUCCCGAGGACAACGAUGCCCCCAGUGCACGGCAGAGAUAACGGGGGAGUAUGUGUCCUGUCUUCUCUCUCUGCUCCGACAGAUGACAGAGAUCCACUUUCACCAUCUACUCAACAACUUCCACAGCAAAGAGGAACUCAAAGAGUUCCUGCUCAAGAUCUUCUGCGUAUUCCGCAACCUGAUGAAACUGACAAUCUUCCCACGAGAUUGGAGUGUCAUGAGACUUCUAACCAGUCACAUCAUAGUUGUGACAACGCAGCUUCUUUCUCCGGCGCUGCACAAGAACUUUUCCGAGGUGGAUUUCGAUUUCAAGGUAUGGAACUCCUUUUUCAGCCUCACCGUGCUGUACAUCAAUCAGCCCAGUCUGCAGCUGGAGGCGCUCGGUCCCGCCAAAAGAAAGAAAGUUCUGGACAAGUAUGGAGAUAUGAGAGUACUGAUGGCAUAUGAACUGUUUAGUAUGUGGCAAAAAUUAGGUGACAACAAACCCCACUUCAUCCCAGGAAUGAUGGGCCCCUUUCUGGGAGUCACCCUGGUCCCUCAGACUGAAGUUCGAAACAUAAUGAUUCCUAUUUUCCAUGACAUGAUGGACUGGGAGCAGAGGAAAAAUGGAAACUUCAAACAGGUGGAAGCAGAGCUGAUGGAUAAGCUGGACAGCAUGGUGUCGGACGGCAAAGGCGACGAUAAUCACAGGGAGCUCUUCAGCCUUUUGACCCAGUUGUUUGGACCUUACCCUAGUCUACUAGAGAAGAUAGAGCAGGAGACCUGGAGAGAGACGGGCAUCUCAUUUGUCACAUCAGUCACAAGGCUUGUGGAACGACUGCUGGACUACAGGGACUGCAUGAAAGGAGAUGAAGUCGAGAAUAAGAAAAUGGGCGGCUCUGUCAACCUUAUGAACUUCUACAAAUCGGAGGUCAACAAGGAAGACAUGUACAUCCGUUACAUCCACAAGCUGUGUGACUUGCAUCUCCAAGCAGAAGACUUCACAGAGGCGGCAUUCACGCUCUUACUGUACUGGGAGCUGCUCCACUGGGAGGACCGGCCACUGAGGGAUUUUCUCCACUAUCCCUGCCAGAGCGAGUGGCAACGCAAGGAGAACCUGAGUCGUAAAAUCCUCCACUACUUCAACAAGGGCAAGUGUUGGGAAUACGGCAUCUCGCUGUGUCGGGAGCUGGCUUUCCAGUAUGAGACGUUAUACGAUUACCAGAGCCUCAGCUGGAUACGGAAAAUGGAGGCGGCGUACUAUGACAACAUUAUCGAGCAGCAGCGGAUCGAACCCGAGUUUUUUCGAAUGGGCUUCUAUGGCAGGAAGUUUCCCUUCUUCCUCAGGAACAAAGAGUUUGUCUGUCGUGGCUAUGACUACGAACGGCUCGAGGACUUCCAGCAAAGGAUGCUGGGAGAAUUUCCGCAAGCCAUCGCCAUGCAGCAUCCCAACCAACCCGAUGACACCAUUCUGCAGAGUGAUGCUCAGUAUUUGCAGAUCUAUGCGGUGACUCCAGUGUCCGACAUCUCAGAUGUGCCUCAACUGGAGCGCGUGCCCGAGAGGAUCAAGAGCUUCUACCGCAUAAACAAUGUCAGCCGCUUCCACUAUGACAGGCCUUUCCACAAGGGCCCCAAGGACCGCGAAAACGAGUUCAGGAGCCUGUGGAUCGAGAGAACCACCCUGAUCCUCUCCCGCCCUCUCCCGGGCAUCUCCCGCUGGGCCGAGGUGGAAAGGAGAGAAGUGGUGGAGGUGAGCCCUCUGGAGAAUGCCAUUUACGUGGUGGAGAAUAAAACCCAGGAGUUGCGGACUCUGAUCAGCCAGUACCAACACAGACAGCAUCACGGCAACAUCAACCCGCUCAGCAUGUGCCUCAAUGGGAUCAUCGACGCCGCGGUGAACGGAGGCAUCGCCAGAUACCAAGAGGCGUUUUUCGACAAGGACUACAUCAGCAGUCACCCGGAGGACGCGGAGAGGAUCACGCACCUCAAGGACCUGAUGCAGGAGCAGGUACACAUUCUCGGUGUGGGUCUGGCUGUUCACGAGAAGCUGGUCCAUCCAGAGAUGCGGCCCCUGCACAAAAAACUGGUGGAUCAGUUCCACAUGAUGAGGACCGGUUUGCACCACUAUAUUUUUGGGACUCAGCAGGGUUUGCCCGGCGUGGACCGCUUUGGCCCUGCAAGCUUCUCUGGGGUCAGCUCUCCCAGAGGAAUGCUCUUGUCCCACAGCCACAUGAGCCCUGAGAGUCUGCGGCUCAUACACAGACACAGCCCUCUGAACCUGCAGGGUUCGAUCCGUCACUCGUCGUCCUCGCUGUCCUCUCACACUUCGAGCGAGGCGGGGGCGGGAAACCUGGCCAUAAUGACGGACGGUCUGAUGGGGGAGCACCCUGAGGAGGCCAUACACAUGCAGCCGAGCCCCUCGUCCUCCAGCCUGAGCUCUAUACGUUCCAACUCCUCCCAAAUUAUAAACUCUGCUCCCUCGAGUGCCAGAGGCUCGCCGUCCUUGCCUGACAAGGCGAAACACAACAGGGAAGUGAUGAUUCUGCUGCCAUCUCAUCGUGAGAGGGCCAACAACACCAUGUACUACAACAUGGCGGAAAUUGGACAGAAUAACCACAUGCAGCGUGCCUUGCUGCAACAAGUUAGCCCCUGCAAGCCAUGUACAGAUCCUCACAUGACGCUGCCAGAGAAAGUGUUUCCUAACGCUCCCAGCAGCUGGAACCUGGAGGGAGAGAACAGGGAACAGGUGUCCUACAUGCCAACUUCUUCUGGAGGUGUAAUUAUGCCCCCCGUUCCUCCCAGAUCCUUUCCACCAGGACACUUCCUGAUGCACUGUGACGCAUUUAAUCCCCAGAACAGCGACCCUCCACCCGCUCUGCCUGUGCGCUCACUUCGAAAGUCUCCCCUCCACCCGAUUCCCGGCUCCCCCACCAGCCCUCAGUCAGCAUUAGGUGGCAGCAACUCCACCCUGUCCGGCAGCGCCAGCAGCGGCGUUUCCUCCUUGAGCGAGAGCAACUUCAGCGGCCAGUAUCCCGAUCCGGGCCCCAUCCGGAACGAUGCCUUGGAGCCCCUCCCCAGCCACCUGUGGUCACCUCCCGACGAGUACCUGGCCUCUUCCUACCUGCACAUUCACUACGGCACGCCGGAAAUGGACUCGGUCGACCCGGUCCGCCCUUUCCACUACCGCAGCCCCGCCUCGCACCCUCACUCCCACCCGCACACGCACACUCACGCUCACUCGGGGCUGGACAGCCACUCCCACGGGCCGCCACCUCACCAUCACCCACCCACCCACGGGCCUCAUCACAUUCCCUAUCGCAGGCCUCAGCUGCCGGCCAUCCCGCCGAAACCUUACCUGAGGGAGGGCUGCAUCCCAGAAGAGGAUCUGCAGCCUCAGCCCAUUCCGCUGCCCCGCAGGAUCUUCCACUCCCCCCACGGCCACCGGGACGAGCAGGGCAAGCACGCCUGGGAGCAGUGCAUCAGUGAGGAGCAUGAGGAGGCGCAGUGAUCAAAAAACUUAUUCUUCCCUUCAUGUGCACUGAGUGAAAUUAGCAUUAAAAAAAAAAGUCCGCCAUGGAGAGAGUGUUCCUUGCUGAGUUUUUAAUUCAGUGCACAUGAGGGUGAGGAAAGGAGCGACCCCAGGGCGAGGCCGCCUUGCUACAAAAAAAAAAGAAAACAAAGAAAGAAAUAAGGACAGAAAAAAGAUCUUGUUUGUACACAGUUGUACAACUUGUCUGUGAGCAUGUUUUCCAUUUGAGAAUAAUACGACAAGCGUUUUGUGAAGUCUAGCGACCAUGAUCACGCCUGUGCAGGAUGAACUCACAACGCAGCGUCAGGUGGUGGUUAUUCACAGUCAAGUGACUUUGCGGCUUUCGAUGCUUCAUAUACAGGAAUUCUUAUUUUGAUAAAUUUGCUACAUGAUAGUGUUUUCAAAGGCUUCAUAUGUCCAUUACACUGUUAAGUGCUCCUUAAUAGUGACUCAUGUCAAAUGACACUUUUACGCGUUACAGACAUUGGGCAGGUUGUGAAGGUUGGACCGGCAUCUCAAGGGACUGGCUUUUCGUACCAUCCGUACCAUGCGUAUGGAAACCCACGUGAAUGUAUUCAGAUGAUCUACUUGUACAGAAAACUUUAAUUUGCAGACCUCGUCAAUGAUCAUUUUAAUUUUUUUUGUUCAAGCGCUUUAAUUUGAGUCUUUGUUGAGGACCUAAUCCAAAAGGUGGAGAGGAAUAGCUGCGGGGUGACAGGCUGUCUGGAAUGAAUCACUCCCAAAACUGUCAUGUCACAUGCUCUGUGUGAAUGAAGACUGCAAGAACUCUCCACUUCACACCUCUUUCUCUCUCUCUGUCUCUCUCUCAUUCUUUGUCUCACACUCUAUCUUUCUAUUCUCCCCCCUCGCCUAUAUUGUAUCAUAUCCUGUUAAGCAGUGAGGGCUAAACCUAGUCGAUGACACUGUCAAGCCCCCCUGACCCACUCAGAAAGUGUUGGAAUCGCCUACUUGCCUUAAGUGCAGUCACAUACAGUUUGACCUCCCAUCUGGACUGUAAGCUCUUCUUUGUGCUCACUCCCUCCAGGAAAAAUAGACCCGCUUUAGUGGUGGUUUUUUAUUUAUUUAUUUAUUUUUAUUGCUUUGGUUUCAGGUUGUACUUUGGAUUGUAGCGCUGAUAUUUCCUAACCCUACCUGCGGCUCUGCUUAUGUGAAAAUCAAUCAAAAGUUUCAAACUGAAGGGCCGAGAACAAGCGUUGUUCGUUUCAAUGGUAGGAAGGGGAUAAUAUUUCACUUUAUUUUAUUUAUUUUUAAAUCCCUUGGUGUUUUAUUCAGCAGGCUUCGUAUAACUGUACAUCACAUUUCCAGCUAACUGGACAACAUCUAUUUUUGUAUGUGAGAUCAUCAGUGGCGUGAGCUUAUUACAAAGGGCCCUCAUACUGCACGUGUUGCUGUACUUUGGAAAUGAGCCUGAGGGUAGAUAUAAACAACACGUGAGUAUCUACUGUGGAGGAAAACUGCAGAAUGAGUUGAUACUCAAACUAUAGGAACAAAUACAGUUUUCCAGUGUAAAUUAUGUCACUGUACAUACAGCUGUAUUGUGAGAUAUUUUUGAGAAUUAUUGCAGACACCCCCUGAAAAGAUUUAUUGUUGUUUUGUGUAUAUACAUGUACUCCAGAGAUCAAUGUAAUGGAUAACUAUCUAUAAUCAGUGUUUGAAAAAGGAGGAAUUCAUUAGACUGUGGCUGUCCCCACCGUUCUUGACUAUGACUCUCAUAUAAAUAAUUUAUACACUUUUCAAUGUGCUUUCCUGUACAUAUGGUGUUAGCAUGAUCGGACCGUGUUUGGUUGUAAAAGUGGUUUUCCUACUCCCAUAACUGCUGUGGUAUGGAAUUCAUUAACAAUACCAAACAAUAAAGACAAUCUUUUAUCAGCA